AUGGCUGGGUUGGAACAACUUGUGCAGAUAAUAUACCAUGAGAGGCAGCAGGAAGGAUCAAAUCUUUGUGCGCAGCAUGCGCUCAAUUCACUGCUUCAGGGAAGCUAUUUCACAGCGCCCGAUCUCUCUGAAUUCGCUCGGAAGCUGGACGCGCUGGAGGAGUCAUCGCGUUAUGACGACGUCAAUCGAGCACGUACCAGUACUAAUAUGGAUGAUACAGGCAAUUUCUUUGAGGUUUUCAGCUGGUUUUUCUCCGUGCAAGUGUUAGAAGAGGCACUCAAUAUCUGGAAUCUCAGCCUCGUUCGUUGGCGUUCUGAAGCUAUGAAGCCAUAUCAGAAUGAGCCGCAUAAUCAAACCGCAUUCGUACUCAACCAGAAUCAGCACUGGUAUACGUUGCGACGAUUUGGAGAUCUCUCUGUUCCAGGUGAUGGCCACUGGUUCAACCUCGAUUCCAAUAAGCAUCAACCACAAUGGAUUAGCAAACUCUACCUUGGCAUGUUCUUGCAACAAGCUGAAAGCGACGGAUACUCUGUUUUUACAGUCACACAGAUCGAUCCAGAUGCACCCUCUCAACUUCCCCACAUAGACGCAGAUGAUAUCGCAUCUACAUUCCCAGAUCCUACCUCGGCUUCAGCGUCACCCAGGGAUGACAUGGAGCCUGGUUUCGAGAACGAAGAUAUGGAGCUUCAAGCAGCCUUGCAAGCGUCCCUGGCUGGGGCUGGAGAACUAGGUGGUACAUGGCCUAUGACGAGUUCUUACCCUCCCGCGCAGAGUAGUCUAUUCGCUUCAGAUAUUCGUGGAUCGGGUUCAACGAGAGGAGUUAUGCCAAGCAUUCCUCCCAACCAAGAUCCGUAUGGAAACGCUGACGUUGACCCAAUUACUGCUUCCAUGGAGCGUGAUCGUGUGCUCAUGGAGCGCAUGCGGCAUGAGCAAGAAUUGGGGUUUAGACAGCAGUACGAGGAGGAGGCUGCACGGUUUAGAAGUCGGCAGCCGCCAUAUGAACCACAAGCACAAGAUGAAAAUGAGCAUUUCCAUCGUGCAAUUGCGGAUUCGCUAGGAGAACGGCGCAGCAGAGGAGAACUUGAUGAUGAUGAUGAUGAUUCCGAAGACUCGGACUACGUGCCUUCUCCCCAAGCAAGGACAUCAUAUAGCAUGGGGCAGCUGGAUCGAGUUUAUGAUGACGACGAUGCCGACUUCCAGGCCGCGCUAAAAGCAUCAUUGGAGAGCGUACCAUCUGAACACACCCCUCUUCCGGUACAAGCACUUCGGACGCGACCAGCACCUUCGCCUCACAUUUCGGCAGCUGUCGAGGGUAACGAGAUUGACAAUCAAUCUGAAGCGGAAACUAGUACGAUUGCAUCUGAAUCGGGAGCACCAGAAGGGUCUGUUAGUGUGGAAGAGAUGCGUAGAAGAAGGCUCGCAAGAUUUGGUGGCUAA